AUAUUGUUUGCUUCAGUCCUUCCUGUUUUUUUGGCUUAAACCGUACCUACUUCAUGUUGUAAAAGCUAACUAUACAACAAGUUAAAUAUCUGACUGAUUUAGUAUUGAGAAUGUUAAAUCCCCAGAGGUUCUUUUUCAUUUUCUACGUGGAGUUUAGGAUCUCAUUCUCGAAGGCGUUGUCGCAUACAAUCGUAACAGUAAAAAAUGAACAGCCCAGUCUCAUGCAAAUAGGAUCGUCGCAACAGGAUCGUGUCCAGGUGAAGAAGCAGAUGUGGCCACCGAAGGGUUUGAAACGAAGGAAGUCACCCAGCAUAUGGCAAAACAGAUCAGAGGAGGAGCAAUGGUUCUGGAAAGUGAAUCAGCAAACGUCAGUACGGCAACAACAAACACUAUAUCAGGCUAAAAUCAAGAAACAGAGCCUCCAUCACCUCCGAAUUCCAGUGGAGGUGCAAAAAUCAGUCCAUCAACUGGGACCAAUGGAACUAAAUGCGUCAAUUAAGCAACAGGUACCAGUGCUGAGGCAUAUGUCUGUGUUACAGCAGAAUAUAGUCCUGCGCCAGGAGUCAGUACAGGAUCAGCAGGACGCGUUAUUCGAGAAACCACGGUUGCAACUAAAAGCAGUUCAUCAUCAUGGACGUGAUGGUCAACACAUCAACUCAUCUAAGCAAAUCAUUGCAUCACAUCCUAAUAGUGAUGUAUUAGGAAUGUCGGUGAAGCAGAAGGAUGUAGUGCAGGGGAAGGGGCUGAAAUUUGUCAUGAGACCGGCGUGGCACCACAUUCAAGGAGAGCGAAAAAAGUUUUCCGUGUGGUUGUUGCCACAAUUGCCGUGGCAGAAAAAACAUACUGCGUCGAUACAGCGGUCAGAGCAGGAACAUGAAUUAAAGGGGAAACAGGAGCUAGCUUAUACCCAGCGGUUAGGACAGCAACGUAGGCCACUGGUGUGGCACAUCAAUGAUUUAGAUACGUGGAAUAGCCAAUGGAGAGAGGUUCGAGGGCAGGCAGAAUUCCCAAUAGAGAUAAUGCAGCAAUUACGACGAGUGAAACGGGAUGAUGAUCUUAACCAGGCUUCGCCACAAAAUAACAGUUCGUUCCUUCGAGGAUUAAUUCCAGUAUGUUCCUCUAAGAAUUCUACACACCAAUGCUGCAUGAACAUAAUUUUUAAAUUGCAACCUUGUGUUUACGUCAGAGUUAUACCGAAUAAGGUCAGAAUAGCUGUUGGAAUGAAAAUCAAUGAUAUACAACUAUUUGAACGAAGUAUGGAUUUCGGAUCGUUCUGUUUACCUCUUACACCACCGCUAAUAUUUCUCUGCAUUAAUAUAUACUGGCUUGAUUUCGAGUGGAACAGGUCUUUUUUUUGCCCGAAAUUCAAUAUCUGCGUGAAUUUAACAAUCAGCAAAAUGCUGCAGAUAGAUUUCAAAUGUCUGCGCUACGACUGUAAAAACUUCAGUAGGAACGAAGAUCAUAAACCUGACACUUCUGAGUUAUUUGCAAUAAAGUUGAGAAAAUAAUAUAAUUAACUGUAAUUAUGUAAUUAACAAUACAGGAAUAAAAAGAUGUUACAAAA